UACGGAGAUGCUCUAAAUUGGAGUAAAAAAUAGAGAUCGUGUUUUUUGCUCGAUAAACAGAGGAAUGCUCUCCGGCGACCACUGUAGAGCCCAACGAUGGCUCACAACUCGCCGAGAUCUCGUCGGAGCCGGAAACCGGAUCCUACACCCGACCUCUACUCCACUUUCGUAGUUCACUCCGACUCCGAUUCCGAUCAAGGCCGAGAUCCAGACAAACCCGAUGAAGACGAAACUGUCGAUUUAUACGCAACAAUGGUCUACAAGAGCGACAGCGACGAAGACUCCAUGCUCCCUCCUCUUCUCAAGCGUCUCCCCAAGGACUUCGGAGGCGGCGGCGCGUCGUACGACGGCGACGGAGGUUUCGGCACGGUGAUUGUGAAGAAGGACAGCAAGAACAGUCCGCGAGUGCCAGUCGUCAAUCCAGCAGACGAAGAAUCUUCCGACGAGGGAGAAGAGUACGGUACCUUCGUUGUGGUGAAGCCUUGUUCGUCUAAAAAAGGAAAGGAGAAGGAGAAGGAGACGGAUCUGUCAACAAUGGGAAGAGCUGUGGCGAGUAUGCAGGAAUCGAGUUUCGGUGGCAAGAACAACCGUAAAUCCACCCCUUCGUUGCAGCAGCAGAAGCAGAAGCAGAGCAGUAAGAUGUCCACCACGUCUCUUCCCGAUUGCGUUAGAGAAGAUCCCACCACCAAAUACGAGUUCCUCAAUGAACUUGGGAAAGGAUCAUAUGGAUCUGUCUACAAGGCUAGGGAUUUGAAAACGUCUGAGAUUGUUGCUAUUAAAGUCAUAUCACUUACCGAAGGGGAGGAGGGGUAUGAAGAGAUCCGUGGUGAAAUUGAGAUGCUGCAGCAGUGUAAUCAUCCGAAUGUUGUCCGCUACCUUGGGAGUUUCCAAGGAGAUGAUUAUCUUUGGAUAGUGAUGGAGUAUUGUGGAGGUGGAAGCGUUACUGAUUUGAUGAAUGUUACUGAGGAGCCAUUGGAGGAGUAUCAGAUUGCAUAUAUUUGUCGAGAGGCGUUGAAGGGCCUUGCUUACUUGCACUCAAUAUUCAAAGUCCAUAGAGAUAUUAAGGGUGGAAAUAUCUUGUUGACCGAACAAGGAGAGGUCAAAUUAGGUGAUUUUGGGGUUGCGGCUCAACUUACGCGGACUAUGUCUAAGCGAAACACGUUCAUUGGGACUCCGCAUUGGAUGGCCCCUGAGGUUAUUCAGGAAAACCGUUAUGAUGGGAAGGUGGAUGUAUGGGCCCUUGGUGUUUCAGCAAUUGAGAUGGCAGAGGGGCUUCCUCCAAGAUCUGCAGUUCAUCCGAUGAGGGUUUUGUUCAUGAUAUCGAUCGAGCCAGCUCCAAUGCUUGAAGAUAAAGAAAAAUGGUCACUGGUCUUUCAUGAUUUUGUUGCAAAGUGCCUCACCAAGGAACCACGCCUUCGCCCAACUGCAGAUGAGAUGCUUAAGCACAAAUUUGUUCAGAGAUGUAAAAUGGGGGCUUCUGCAAUGUCGCCAAAGAUUGAGAAGUCUAGACAAAUUAGAGCUUCAAUGGCUCUGCAAGCGCAAAAUGUCGUCGCUUCUUCAGAGGACACUUCAACACUGGGCCCAAAAUCAAGUGACGAGAUGGGAAUUACUGUUCCGUAUAAACCUCCUAAUAAUGGAUAUCAAAAUACCACCCAAGCACCUCCAACAAGCACUGGAGAAGGUGGUGAUUUUGGAACUAUGAUCGUUCAUGGUGAGGAUGAGACAGAAGAGAGUUACGCAGGGGCUCAACUUGCCAAAGAGAAAGAAUCUUCAGCUUCUCAGGUUGAUGGCGUUUCUGUCGGAUUCUCAGGAGAUCAAGUAGCUGGCUCCUGGAUCCAUGACAAGAAUAAUCGUUCUGCUGCCGACGUUCCAGUUGACGAAUCAACCUCACAAAGCGUGCGGGGAACUCCACCAUCAGUUUCGAUAUCUCUUGAGCAUAAAACGAAGCUGAAUAGCAUAUCUCGAACGCAGACCGAAGGUGGCAGUGAAGCAAGUGGCGGUACCUUGAAGAGUGAAACUGUUGGCAAGAAAGCUUUUGCUUUGCAAGAUAAGUUGUGGUCAAUCUACGCAGCUGGAAACACUGUACCCAUACCAUUCUUGAGAGCAACAGAUAUAUCCCCAAUUGCACUCUUGUCAGAGAACAUGAUCGGAGGCAUGCAACAGGAUGGGAAUGGAACUGUAGCUGUUGAAGCGCUUCAGGAGCUCUUCACUUCCGAUCCCCAAUCUAAAAAGGGAAGAAGAGGACAAAACGAGAUGCCUCUUCCUCCAAGUGUAUACCAGAGACUGACGUCAAGCCCUCCACUGAUGAAUCUGGCACAAGUAUUAGCCUACCACAGAGCGUGUUACGAGGAGAUGCCGCUCCAGGAAAUGCAAGCAACGCAAGAGCAACAAACUAUUCAGAAUCUGUGCGAUACUCUUCGCACAAUUCUCCGCCUCUAAUGUUUAUAUUUGCUGCGUACUGUUUGUAUUUAGGUUGUCUCAAUAAGUAGUUUUCCUGAACUCUUUUUUCUCUCUAUCUUUUACCUCUGUAAAACAAACAGUUUUGUAUCCUCUUUGCAAAUUUGCUACGGAAAUGAAAUGCAUAUUCUUCUUUUUCA